AUGGCCCUACUCAACUACUCACUGCCAUUUGGGGCCAUUAAUGCUCCACCAGCAUGGGCUACCAUAAGUCCAUCAAUUCAUGCAUCACCUCAUGCAGUCAAUAAUCUUUAUGAGCCAACACAUCGUCAAGAAGAUCUGGUCCGCAAUGAUGAUUAUUAUCAGAAUAUGAAUGGACCGUACAGGCAUCAUCAUCCACAACAGCAGCAACAACAGACACAAAAUAGUCGAAAUUAUUUGCCUCCACCGCAGCCGGCACAACAAACCAGCAAUAAUCGUAAUGGAUAUGUUCAAUCGACAGCAUCGAGAACACAAACUUUUGGCAAUAACAAUUAUGCACAGCAGCAGCCGCCUGUGAGCUAUAGUUCAUUAUCACAAAAUUCUGGAUAUUAUAAUACCAAUACAAAUCAACAUCAACAACAGCAACAUCCAGCACAGCAGCAAGUUCAACAUCAGCAGCAACAUCCACAACAGCAAAAGAGUUUUAAAGACAAUCCAUUUCAGCCGAAGCCACAAACACAAACCACCAAAGCACCACCAUCAAGAACAACUGUCUCAUAUCAAACGAGUAGCAUAUCCAAUAAUAAUAGUAACAAUAAUAACAAUAAUAAUAAGAAUUAUAAUCUCAAUCAAGCUGGAUAUCCACAAGUACCGCCGGGUUUUAAACCUAUUAAGGCUGGUCAAGGAACGAGAACUUUAAAUGUUGCUGUAUUAGAUUACGAUAAUGAUGAAGGUGAUGACGAUAAUACAAAUCCUGGAAAUACGAAAGAUUCAUUUAAUCGACUACAGCCUAAUUUUCCAGUAACACCUAUUCAAGGACCAAUAUUUCUACAAAACGACUCAGUUCCUGUUCUACCACUUUAUGCAUAUCCUAAACUUAACAAUGGGACAAUUAUGCAAAUUCCUAUUUGGUGGACAGCACUCUCAGUAGCGUUAGGUCUAAAUGUUCGCGGUGAUGUCAUCAAAGGUGUACCAUGUGUUAAGCGAAAUAAUCAAUUAUUUUGUCCAACAGCUGGCAAUAGUUAUCCAAUUGACAAAAUUGAGAAUUUCAUCGAUGAAAAUAAGGCACUGAUGAAGAGAAUGUAUGGAUAUUUUGAGGCAGAAAAUGAGUACGGAUCGACGUUUCAGCAAGGAAAGAAACGAAAGCGUAUGCUGUACGGUGAGGAUGCAAAUCCACCAAAUUUGCCGGAAUUAGAUGAAAUUUUUUUUCCACCUGGAGAGGGACCAAAUCCGAUAACAGAUGCUGGCCCUUCGGGUGAUUCAUACUUUAGUAAAUUACGCUCUAAGCGACAAUCUAGACCUAAUCCUAGUAGUAGUAGUAAUAAUAAAAAUGCUGGAGGUGGCAAAGACACGGGACGUGUCGAUGCAUGCGAAUCAAAAGUAGAAAUUGUAACACCAUAUUGGGCAUCUAAUUCAGCUGGUAAAAUUCGUGCCAUUGUUAAUACACAACAUUUUGAGCAGGCAAUUCAUCAGGAAGUUUGCUCAAAAGUACAAACAAACCGUUGUGCUGGUGAAUGUGGCUGUGAACAAAAAUACAAAUGGCAUCGUUUGCUAGCCUAUGAUCCAGAUAAUGAUUGUAAAGGAAUUUUCAUGGAUUGGUUCUUGUUUCCAAGUUGCUGUGUUUGCCGAUGCAAUCCACUUUAA